GGAAGCUUGGGACAGCAUUCCAACGACAGCUAGGCUACUGGAAGCUUGGGACAGCAUUCCAUCGACAGCCAGGCUACUGGAAGCUUGGGACAGCAUUCCAUCGACAGACAGGCUACUGGAAGCUUGGGACAGCAUUCCAUCGACAGACAGGCUACUGGAAGCUUGGGACAGCAUUCCAUCGACAGACAGGCUACUGGAAGCUUGGGACAGCAUUCCAACGACAGCUAGGCUACUGGAAGCUUGGGACAGCAUUCCAACGACAGCUAGGCUACUGGAAGCUUGGGACAGCAUUCCAACGACAGCUAGGCUACUGGAAGCUUGGAACAGCAUUCCAACGACAGACAGGGUUUUGCUUUGUCUAACUUUGUCUAUGAACAGAAAUUGGAUUAUCCGGACAGAUUUUUGAUACAUUUGUGAUGAAUGGCACAUCAAUGAGACAUUCUCAAUGGUUAUCCACCUGACAUCAACAAUGAACCAAUGGGAUGAUGCCUGUCUCUAGGACCACUCUGGAAGAUACUGUGGGAAUAGACGAAUCUUUGGGGACGAAAUUCUGAAAGCUUGUUUUAACUAUUCGUUGAUGUUAUAGCCGAAACAACCCACAUAUCCAAUGGCUUCAGAUACUUGUUUGCACCAAUGGAAUGUGGUAUUAAUGGGAAAGGUGCCGAGGCAGUUUGGACUUUUGGGGGUAACACUUCCCCCUAAGUAGACAACACGUUUUAUUUGAGGAAUUGUAGAGGAGCUUUUUAGCGUCAGUGUCAUCGCAUGGUGCUGUGAAUUCCUCAGUGAUGCUGCGUGGUCUGGACAUGCUGAAGAACCGCUGUUGCGUCCUAUUCGGUGACCUGAAGGUGCUGUUACUCCGGCCACCAGCUCCGGUAACGAUACCGAUCCCCAUGACCGGACACAUACCGGACAGCCGUGAGACCGGGGUCCCUUCAGACGUCAGUAUACCGGACAACGACACGUUAAGGGCUCAUCAGGGGCCGGGGGACAAAUGGACUGCCCCGGCACCGGGGGGCGCCAGCGGGCUGGAGAGAGACAGACCAGGCUGGGUGGAUGCCACAGCGGCAGAGCCGUCGGGGAUAUUACACUGCAGCAGCUCCUCUAAGGACAGGCUGGAACAGAGGUUCUCCUUGUGCAGUUAUGGUGACAGCGGCGGAAUCCGGUCACCUGUCUGCAGGAUCUGCUUCCAGGGACCUGAAACGGGGGAGCUCCUGAGCCCGUGUCGCUGCAGUGGGUCGGUCCGCUGUACCCACCAGCCCUGCCUCAUCAAGUGGAUCAGUGAGAGAGGAUCCUGGGCCUGUGAGCUCUGCUAUUACAAGUACCAGGUCAUCACCAUCAGCACCAAUAACCCACUACAGUGGCAGUCCAUCUCCCUGACGGGGAUAGAGAAGGUUCAGAUAGCUGCAGCGGUUCUGGGUUCUAUGUUCCUGGUGGCCAGUCUGUCCUGGCUGGUCUGGUCCUCCUUCAGCCCCUCGGCACGCUGGCAGAGACAUGACCUGCUCUUCCAGAUCUGCUACGGCAUGUAUGGAUUCAUGGACAUCGUCUGCUUCGCUCUAAUCAUCCAUGAAGGACCUUCAGUGUUCCGUAUCUUUAACCGGUGGCAGGCUGUCAACCAGCAGUGGAAGGUUCUCAACUACGACAAGACCACUGACAGGGAGGACCUGAAGAGAGCAGCCACAGUGCGGACCCUCUCUCAGCCUCGGUCUGGCCAGAGGAACCAGCCUGGGACAGAAUCUCAGCCUCGGUCUGGCCAGAGGAACCAGCCUGGGAGGGAACUGGGACGGUCCUCUUCCACCUCCCCUCUGGCUGCCGCCACCACAGCACCGGACCUAUAUACAGCAUCACCAGCCCCAGGGAUAGGGCUGGUUCCACACGGUUCCACUGAGCAGGCCAGUGAGACAGCUGGACCAGACCAACACUGCGCUGCCUACAAUAUCCUCCAGCUCCUCAGCCACCUGAGGCAGCCAGAGGCCCACGGCCACCCCAGCCACAGCACCCGGGAGCUGGUCAUGAGAGUCACUACAGUCUGAGGCUCCGACUGAGGCCUUGUCAGGGAGAGACUUGACAUUGACAUGGAAGGCCUUGGUCUAAAAGGACCAACAAUGCUCUUGUUUGUUUCAAAUGCACCUUUGAUGACCUUAAAGACAGUUUGAAAUGUACUGGGGGUAGGGGCUGGUCCAACUCAAGGUGUCAUAAAAAUGCCCCCCUCUCUCCAACAUAUUUUUUUCUUCUCAUGACCCCCCCUGCGGGAACGUCUGUGGGAGGUGGGGGGUCUCUGUCUGUAAUAAAGCCCUUUUGUGGGGAAAAACUCAUUCUGAUUGGCUGGGCGUGGCUCCCAAGUG